AUGGCGGCGGCGCAAGUCGUCCAGCAGCCAACUCAAACUUACCUGCGAGACCAGAGGCAGAUGAACAUCACGCAGAAUGGACAUGAGAUCAGUAUCGCCGCAUUCUCUCCGUACAAGCUCACCGGACGUUCUGCAGCCUCGGGAUUCACGGAAACGUCUGCGCAUCUGCGGAAAGAAAGCAAGAUCAACGAUAAGCAAAAACCGCCAGUCGACUCGCCAGAAGGCUUGUUAUACGAGUGGUGGACAUGCUUCUGGGAGAUUUAUACUGCUCGAGUGCAACCCGAAAAGUCGGCCAAUCCCGUCGCAAAGGAGUAUGCUCAAAGGCUGCCACAUCUUCAGAAGCUCGCCGCGCAUGACCAAGGCGCUCUGGGACCUGGACCGACUCUAAGACCCAUGGGUGCUGCUCGACCACUGUAUAUGAACGGUACAGGUCCUCAUCCAGCCGCCGUCAAUGGCCAUGGUCCACCGUUUCCGGGCGGUAUACCGACUAUGAAUGGUGUUGCACCGACAGCGAACAUGGCCGGCGUUUCCGGUGCUGGUCCAACCCCGCUCCAGAAUCCUAGCCUACAACAUUUAGGACCACCUCGACCGGGCCAAACAAGGCCUUAUACAGGUCCAGGAAACCCAGGAAUGCCGUCAGGAGCGCAGUUUGCGCAUCCGGGCCAGGCCCGAAUGGUCCCAAACACGGGCCCUCAUCCACCUCUUCCACCCAAUGCGCGACCAGGCCCUGGUGGGCAAUCCAGCUCUCCGCAGAUGGCAGAUUCACAGAUGGCAGGCGCUUCGUCCAGCCCACAGCAAUCCAAUGGCAUAAACCUCGCCGACAUUCCCCCGCCACAACUCCAAGAGUAUCUUUCGCGCAUGGGCCAUCCAAUGACGAAUGACGCGAAUACACUUCCAGAACAUGUCAAGAUGCAAAUUCGUGAACUACAUGAACAAAGUGGUCGGGGAAAGAAUCCACGAGGGACAAAACGAGGAUCUCCUGGAGGAGAGGAAUCACUACCAAAGGGAGAUUCGCCAUCGGAUCGCAAGAAGCCACGCCGUGCAUCUCAAGAACCAGGAAACACUUUACCCAGCACUCCAUCUAUCACACCCGUCCAGCCGCCAGUGGGUCCGCGCCCCCUACCAUCUAACAUGAUCCCGCCAAAGGGAAAUAUACCUCCCCAUCCACAAGCUCUUCAUCCGUCUGCUCAUCAUUUGGGUGCGCCGCCUUACCCAGACCCCUUGCAAACUCCGACAAUGGCCGGACAGAUGGCUCAGCUCAUGCAGGCUCAAAACCAGAGAUUACAAUCUGCACCGCCGCCAUCCCAACAAGCAAACCAACAGUACUUUGCCUCCCUCCAACAGCAGGCAUUUACUGGUUAUAAGCCCACUCAAACCUCCAAUGGCUCAAUGCCGCCGUCAAUCCCUAAUCCUUCACAACCCCUUAAUGCGGAUCCGACCGGGCAGUUUGGGAGACCGCCUGUUGGAGGCACCAAUCUUCCCAAAGGCGCAAUGCUCCCACCUCCACUACCAAAUAACGCGUCUAUUCCCUCCCCAGCGGCGGGAGGUCAAGUCCCGUCGGCAAAGGGAACACCGAUCAUGAGCGGCGCUGUACCACGAGGGCUUGGAGGCAUAAAGGAUGAAUCCAGUCCGAGUGGCGUCGAUGGGUUCUCGCCUGAGAUGGCUCGUCCAGCGAGCAGACCCAACCCCGGCUCGACACCGCAAGCCAUGCCUUCAGCUCCGACACCUUCGGCGUCCGCUGCGGGACCAGCACCAACGACCGGGGCUCCAUCGACAAUGUCUGCACCGUCCCCGAGUCAAUUAGCCACCCCACAACAAACCAGUCGUCCGCAAAGUCAAUCACCUUCUGCCACUGCCACUGCUCGGCCUUCGACUGCUACCAUCAAUGGGGCGCCAGCCGUAGGCUCAACACCAAAUCAAAGUGCCAUGCUAGCUCGGAGCUACCCUGGUGCACCUUCGGGUCCGGGUAACACGCUAGGUGGGCCACCUACCAACCCUUCGCUCGCUCCGGGCCUACUCGGAGGUCCCUCAGUUAAUCCAGCCACAAUGGACUCCAACUCAAACGACCUGUUUGGCAUGGCACUUGGAGUGCCAUUCUCGGGCCUGGAUAUGCAAAUGAUGGGCUUUCACGAAGACUCGUUCAGCACCUUGGACUUUGGUCUCGGCAUCGGUACAGGAGAGGAUACAUACAAUAUGUUCAUCAACGACCCGGCGGAUUCGGUGACCGGUUAG